UGAAUAUAAAAUUUGAGAAGAAACAUGAGAAAGAGUACCUGGAUUGGAGGCAAUGUGAUUUGUAGCACCGGUAUCCAUGAGCCAUGUGGGUUCUCCAAUCCAGCCCUGGAGGAUGGCGUCGAACUGAAACCAUUCAUCGUCGUCGUCGGAGAUGGGAGCAAUAGAGCCAUUGAGAUAUCCCUGAAGGUUGAACCGCCGUGCAAGAAGAAGGAACAAGCGGCUCCACUUUUUGUAGUGGGGUUGAGAAAAGCUGAGUUGGAUUGGAACAUGGAGUUUGACAUUGGAGACGGAGAAAGCCAGAUGUGGAGAUUUUUGGGUGGAGGUUUGAGAGACCGUGAGGAUAGCCAGAACCUUUCCGUCCACUCUUACGGUUCUAGCGGCCGGUCUCCGACUUUUGGUUCCUCUUCUUCUUCAUCCUCUGAUUCCGAGCACCCGGCUACUUCUCCACAGAAGAAGCCGGUUGAUGCUUCCACUUGUGCCCCUUCUUCUUCCGUGGCGCAAGUGAUCUCGGUUGCCCAGCCCGGGGACGAGGGCUUCAUUCAGCUUGAUGACCGGUUGCUCCAAGAGCAACCGUCGUAUAUGAAGAAGCCCCAAGUCCACGAACUGCGUAAUUUGAUGCCGGACCUGGGCGAAUUCUCUAUUCACCCAUUCAAAGUCCUUUUCCUUGAGACGUACGGUAUCAUGCCCGGGCAGCUGGCCCCUAAUGGUCACCGUUUGUUGGGCAGUUUCAUCAAUGUCUGCUGGUUCCUUCGUAUUCCUCUCUCCCUUCGUCUCUUUGACCAUAUGUUCGAUGUCCGGCCCGGGUCCAAGGAAACCCUUGGAUUCGUGGUGGUGUCUUCUCACCAAGGCGGGGCAUUCCUCUGUGGCCUUCCUCCUUCUAACAAGAAGUGGAAGGACAAAUAUGUUUGUAUCAAAUUGCCCCCGGCUGCCUUUCCUUUUGCCCAAAAUGUCUGGGGGAAAAGAACGAAGCGCCAGGUCAAACCAACGGAGGCCGAUGACCUGGUUGCCUGGGAAGCCACCCUCCGGGCUGGGGAUGCCUCCACCCGCGGUCUUUACCACGUCGGGAAGUGGGGCGUCUACCCCGGCCGGGAGACUGACCUUGAGCCAGAGAUUGUCCUGCUCGAGGUGAUCCCCGAAGCCAUCCCCAUCAGCCGGGCGAGGGGAUCCAAAGCCCUGGCCACAGCCACCGCCGGUCCUUCACGCCCGUUCCAGUCGAAAUUUUCCAUCCCCGAGAUUGUGGUUGAGGAGCCCUCCACUGCUCAACCAUUCAACCCUCCAACCAGCCAGCCUUUUUCUCUGGAGGAGCAACCGGCUCAAUCCCAUCAGGGCACCAACCAGCCGAUCCACUCAAGGGAGCUCUUCAUCAAUGUAGAGACCUUCGAGUUCGAGAAUAUGAUGGGGGAGACCGGCCAUACCUCUCAAGCCGGGCUGGCAGGUCAUCCCCAUGUGGAUGACCAUGGCGAAGAAGAGGUCGCUGAAGAGUCCCUUCAGCGGAAGAGGCGGAAGACGGAGGUGGUGAACCAGCCAGCCCACCAGGUGGCCCAGUCCUCCGAUGCUAGCAAAGGCCCAAUCGUGCCCCGGUCCAUGAUUCUGAUGUCCAGGUCGGACGAAGAGCUCUUCCAAGCUUUUCGUGCUGACCUGAAUGAGGUCGGUCGGAUCGGAGAGGAGUACUUCGCCCGGUUGGUGAAGUCAAAGGAUGAGGAGAGGGCCCGGAUGGAGGCCAUGAUGGUCCAAUGUCGGAAGGAUGCUCAGGCAGAGAAGGUGGAGGCGAAGUGGUUGGAGCACUGCACGAUCUACCGCCAGCUCUACGCUAAACACGAUGGUCUCCUUAAGGCCGCGAAAGAGGCUGACGAGCAGGCCCAAGAGAAGAUCCAACGACUCGAGGCUGAUAACGCCCGGUCUGCUGAGGAAAUUGCCCGGCUAGGGGAUGAACUGGAGAAGGAGCGGGCGGAGCGUGCCAACCUUGCCGCUCCCUGGGCACUCCAAGAGCCUGAAGAGUUCGCCGCGCGUGCACUGCCGGACUGGGAGACAGCCAUCCGCUUCUUCUAAGGUUUAUACAAGCACCAGGUAUCGGCCGGGAUCGUGGACGAGAUCGGUACCUUCGGCUACGAGAGCGGUCAGUAUACCGAGCGGCGGGCUCUCUACGGCAUCCUUGAGCAGCGGAUCGAAGGGUUUCGGCCCAAGGCCUUGUCUCU